AUUUUAUUUUCAGUCACAGCUCACUAUCUAAACGUAAUCACAUUACUACAACAUGUCAAUCGGAAUCCAAGCAUCUACGAAUAAAUUUGCAUUUCUUCAUGUUCAAGAUUCUAGUGAUGAAGAAAAUGAUCAAUGCCUCGACCACAGUGCUAAAAACAACCAGAAGAAAUGCAAGGUCAACUCUGCAGGUUCGAAUGUUAAUGCAAACAAGAAAAAAAACAGACGUCGGAAAAAGAAACUGACCUCAUCUUCUGACACUGAUGGAAAUCCUGGAAAUGCAGUUAAAGUAAACCCAAGUGGACGUGUCAUGCAGGAAUGGAUUCAACAUGAUGAAAACUUGGUGGAUGAUCUUUAUAAUGAAGAUUUGAAAAGAGCUAUAGAACUGAGCAGAAUUGAGCAUGAGAAGUUUGAAAACCUUCAAAAACAGAUGCAGCAUGAAGUAAUGAACAUUCCGAACGACUUCAACAACAGUUACCAGUACGACAAUGAAGUGAUGACCUCUAGUUCAUCAGUGGGUAAAAAGGAGAAAAAGAAAAAAGCUGUCAAGACGAUAUCUUUAGAGGAGUUUAGGCAACAUGUGGAAGAUACUUUGCCCCUGCAAAAAGAUGUGACUGAAGAAAAAAGAGUUGCUCAGGUUACUGAAGAAAAUGCGCCAAACUUUUUUGAUGAGGUUGACAAGCAAGCAAAUAAUAUCAAACGAAUAGAAGAAGCGAGGGGAAGAUUUCAACAACUACACGAUAAAAAAAAAACGAAAGAAAAACAAAGUGGUGUAACAAAUAAACGUGAUCAAAGACUGCAAGCAUCAGAAGAAAAAGAUGAAAUAAUUAAAAAGCUGCAAAGCAAAGUUACAGAAUUAGAUGAACAGUUCAAGCAUGUGAAGAAACGAAACAAGCAGCUCUUAAUAAUGCUGCAACAAGGAGAAAUGAAGGACAAGUGCGAACUUUUGCUUGAGAUUGAACGAUUGGGUGUCCUUCGUGAUGAACUGACAGAGGAGGUUUCUCAUCUUAAUGAAAGUUUAGAACAAGAGCGAUCCCGGUCCACAAAGCUAAAAGAUGAACUCACAAAGCUACAGACCAAAAAAUCGAAUGAUGACCAUCAUAUCAAAUGAUUUUCUAUUUCACCAAUAUCAAUUUUGCUGCUAAUGCAGAGGAUUCAGGGAAAAGCAGUGUGGCAUCUAAUGUUACAAAAGACUAUGAAUCUUCAUUCACUCCACUUUACAUCUUCAUAACCAGAUUCAAUUGUCUGAUUUUAACAUAAAUACAAAUUCAUGAAUUUUCUGCCUGAA